UCAAUUUAUCAUCGAUCAUCAAUAGCUAGAACACUAUGAAGAAGAUAUUAUUGUUUGUGUUUUUGUGUGUGUCUGCCGUCUUGUUUUGCUCUUGUGUCGGAGAAUCUGAGCCAGAGCCUCCUACGCAAAAACAAAAUGGUAAAGUUUACAUUGUCUAUAUGGGCGCUGCAGCCCCAUCCAGCAAUGGCGCCAUGCGAAAGGAUCAAGCUCAGCUCAUCACCUCAUUGACGAAAAGGAAUAGGAAGGCAUUGGUGUACACCUACACAAAUGGGUUCUGUGGGUUUUCAGCCCGGUUGACGGCGGAAGAAGCUACAUCAAUCGCUCAACACCCCGGAGUGGUGUCUGUGUUUCCUGAUCCCAUUUUGCACCUCCAAACAACCCGCUCCUGGGAUUUCCUGGAUUCCAUUUCUUAUAAAAAAAUCUCUCCCACUAGCCUCCCCAGAUCAACAUCAACUAGAGCCGCUCAACCAUUGUCUUCCAGUGAAACAGAUACCAUAAUAGGCAUCUUGGACACAGGAAUAUGGCCUGAAUCUCAUAGCUUCAAUGACGACGGCAUGGGACCCAUCCCGGCCCGAUGGAAGGGAGAGUGCCAGAAAAGCGAUGAUUUCAACUCUUCCAACUGCAACAGGAAAAUAAUUGGGGCACGAUAUUACCCGGAUGCUUUGGACGUCCCGUCAUGCAGAGACAAUGUAGGACAUGGAAGCCACGUGGCAUCCACAGCAGCAGGAUCGCUAGUUGAUGACGCGUCAUACUACGGUCAUGCCAGAGGAACAGCCAGGGGUGGGUCCCCUACUUCGCGAAUUGCCAUGUACCGAGUUUGCGACUUUUUCGGAUGCGAAGGAUCUGCGAUCUUGAAAGCCUUCGACGAUGGUAUUAAGGAUGGCGUGGACGUGUUGUCGCUGUCGUUGGGCGGACGUAGUGGACUCAAACCCGAUUUCUCCACCGAUGUUAUCGCCAUCGGCGCGUUCCACGCCGUCGAGAGAGGCAUCGUCGUUGUCUGCGCCGCCGGAAACUCUGGACCAGACCGCGGUAGUGUCGUCAACGAAGCUCCCUGGAUUUUCACCGUCGCCGCCUCCACCAUCGACCGCGAUUUCCAGUCACAAAUCGUCUUGGGUGACACCACAGUCAUCAAGGGCGGGGGAAUUUAUAUCGGAAAACUGAAGAAAAGGCCAGUGCAUCCAUUGGCGACUGGGGCAUUGGUUAAAUCGGAGAAUGCUACUGAAAGCGAAGCCAGGGAUUGUUUACCACUCUCAUUAGACCCUAAGAAGGCAAAGGGGAAGAUUAUUCUGUGUGAAACCCAGGACCGGACUUCUUACAUUAGCGAUAGGAUAAAUGAGGUGAAAAAUGCGGGCGGGGUUGCAAUAAUACUCAUAUUGGAUAACCCCUUUCCUUUCGCGUUGAAAUUUGGUGGUUUUCCCGGAUCCAUAAUCCUACAAAAGGAAGCCAAUCAAAUUUUUAGCUACAUCAGCUCAACCAAGAAUCCCAUGGCGACCAUCCUCCCAACAGUGACAGUGACAGGAAGUAAACCCGCACCCACAGUAGCAAUCUUCUCAUCAAGAGGACCAUCGCUUUCAAGCGUGAAUCUCCUCAAGCCGGACAUUUGUGCCCCUGGGGUUGACAUUCUGGCAACGUGGCCUGACAUUGAUGGGGAAGAAAUUAUUCCUGUCAAGAGUCAUCCAGGUUACAACCUAGAAUCUGGGACUUCCAUGGCUUGUCCGCAUAUCUCAGGUAUUGUUGCUACAGUGAAAGCACAAAACCCAAAUUUCAGUGUUUCUGCGAUCAGAUCAGCUGUUAUGACCACAGCCACCCAGACAAACAAUUUGAAUGCGCCUAUAACGACAACAGAUGGAGAAAUUGCCACGCCGUAUGACAUUGGCGCCGGAGAAUUAAACCCCACAGCAGCAUUAAAUCCAGGGCUGGUGUACGAAACUGAGAUUGCAGAUUACCUGCACUUCCUUUGUGCAACAGGCUACAAUACAUCUCAAAUUCGGCUCAUCUCCUCAACUGUCCCCAAGGGCUUCAAGUGCCCCAAGAAGUUGACACAAGACGUGAUCUCCGCCAUGAACUACCCAUCCAUUGCAGUCUCCAAUCUAAAGAAAGGUGAGGCUAAGACAAUUACAAGAACUGUAAGCAAUGUCGGGCCCGAAGAAUCAGUGUACACUGCAACAAUUGAAGCAAUGGCAGACUUUAAGGUCACUGUAACACCAAAUAAGUUGGUGUUUACAAAACAAGAAAAGAAGCUAAGCUAUACUGUGAACUUUACAGCUUCAUCAUCCCUUGAGACAGACACAUUUGGGUCAAUUACAUGGACUAGUGGAAAGUAUAGGGUUAGAAGUCCAAUCGUUAUAAGUGUUGAGUAAGGCCGGGAGUACAUGUAUCAGUUAAGGGACAUAUUAUUGCUAAACAUGUGAACUGAUUCCUAAAGUUCAAAUUAAAAGACAUGUUACAUAUCAAUGAAUAGAUCUUUGUUGAAAGAUGUAUGGAUCAUAAUAUGUCAAAAUACAUGAAUAAUCAAUAAGAAAAAACUAUCCAAGUUUCUUUA